AGAGAGAUAGGGAGGAGAGGGAGAGAAAGGAGCCCUGGCUUGUUCCCAUAUCUCCUUUAUUGUUAAUAAAAAUUUUUAUUUACAUUUUUGAGCCUUCGCCCAGCUGCUGCCCUUCCCGACCCCAAUCUCUUCUCUCUUCUCUGUUUUUACGCCUUACGCGGAAGGGAAAAAAACCUUCUUUUCGCCAUUGACGAACUUUGUUCAUCAUUGGAGGUGAAGGGGUACUGAGGAGAAAUUUCUUGAGUGGGUUAUGGCUGGGAAUGUGAGUGUUGAUUGCGGGGUUGGGAAGUCUUCGGAGGGGAUUUCAAGUGGGCAGCGGUGCCAAUCUGGGGAAGCUCUUGCGGAAUGGCGGUCCUCUGAGCAGGUGGAGAAUGGAACUCCAUCUACUUCACCCCCAUACUGGGACACUGACGAUGAGGAUGAUUGUGGGCCGAAACCAUCUGAACUAUAUGGAAAGUUUACGUGGAAGAUAGAGAACUUUUCACAGAUUAGCAAGAGGGAGCUUCGGAGUAAUGCAUUUGAGGUUGGCGGCUAUAAGUGGUAUAUUUUAAUUUACCCACAAGGAUGUGAUGUUUGCAACCAUCUAUCAUUGUUUCUUUGUGUUGCUAAUCAUGACAAGCUUCUCCCAGGGUGGAGUCAUUUUGCACAGUUUACAAUAGCUGUGGUAAAUAAAGAUCCAAAGAAAUCUAAAUAUUCAGAUACAUUGCAUCGCUUCUGGAAGAAAGAACAUGACUGGGGGUGGAAAAAAUUUAUGGAAUUAUCGAAAGUGUUAGAUGGGUUCAUUGUUGCCGACACUCUUGUCAUAAAGGCUCAGGUCCAAGUUAUCAGGGAGAAAGCACACCGUCCUUUUCGUUGCCUUGAUUGUCUUUAUAGGAGAGAACUGGUUCGUGUAUAUCUAACAAAUGUAGAACAAAUUUGUCGGCGCUUUGUUGAAGAGAGGAGAGGUAAGCUUGCGAAGCUGAUUGAGGACAAAGUGAAGUGGUCAAGCUUCUGUGCUUUUUGGUUAGGAGUUGAUCAAAAUGCUAGGCAUCGCAUGUCGCGGGAGAAAACUGAUGUGAUCUUGAAAGUUGUUGUAAAGCAGUUUUUUAUAGAGAAGGAAGUCACAUCUACAUUGGUAAUGGAUUCACUCUAUAGUGGUUUGAAGGCUCUUGAAUACCAGAGUAAGAACAAAAAAGGGAGAGCAAAUCUAUUGGAUACCGAGGAACCACCAGCUCCUAUUGUUUGUGUUGAGAAAGAUAUGUUUGUAUUAGCGGAUGAUGUGUUGCUGCUACUAGAGAGGGCUGCCAUGGAGCCUCUGCCUCCAAAGGAUGAGAAGGGUCCUCAGAACCGUACAAAAGAAGGGAAUUCUGGAGAAGACUCCAACAAGGAUACAACUGAGCGCGAUGAGAGACGGCUUACUGAACUUGGUCGUAGGACUGUGGAAAUUUUUGUCCUGGCACAUAUUUAUAGUAAUAUAAUUGAAGUUGCAUACCAGGAGGCUGUUGCUUUGAAGAGGCAAGAGGAACUCAUACGUGAAGAAGAGGCAGCAGGGCUGGCUGAAAGUGAGCAAAGAGCUAAACGAGGAGCAUCUGAAAAGGAAAAAAGAUCAAAGAAAAAACAGUCUAAACAAAAACGAAGCAGUCGCAAAGGAAGAGAUAGAGGAAAAGAUGAAAAGUCUAUUGUGGCAGUACAAGACAAGCACCAAAGAGAUAGCACUACUAAAAGAACUGUUGAGGACUUUUCUCAGAAGCAGCCUUUUUCUGUGCUUGAUAAGGCUGAUUCGCUACAGGAAGUUUCUGAAGUUUCUGAUAUAGGUGAUGACGUUGCUGAGACACUUCAACCAGAUUUGGAAGAGAGGGAUUCUAGUCAUGUCAAUUGGGAUACUGACACAUCAGAGGUACAUCCUACUACAGAAGCCAGUAGCAGUGGAAUGAAUAGCCUUCCUGUACAAAAUGGGCGAUCUGAGAGGAAGAGCCAAUCUGUAAUGGAUGAUAGCUCUUCAACAUGUUCUACAGACUCCAUCCCAUCAAUAGUGAUGAAUGGGCCCUACAAAGGAAGUUCCUUGCCAAAGUAUAAGAACCAUACAUCUCCCAACAGGUUGAAGAACGAGCGUGGCAAGGAGACAUGUGACCGGGUUAAUUGGAGCCAUGAUAUGGAUAACCAACCAUCUGACCAAACAUCAGAUGCAGGGCCUCUAAAUGAUGCCUCUGAAAGUAGCAGGGAAGCUGAAACUGAACCUGAGACUGUUGUUCUCUCAUUGAAGGAUCGGAUACAGUGGCUUGAGCAGCAUUUAGUUCAGAAGGUCAAAGAAGAAGAAGUUGUUUCACUGCAACGAAAGCUCAGUGUAAAAGAGCAGGUAGAUAUUGAAAGACCUGCCAAACAAAACACAACAGAAUUAUCAUCCUCUCCCUGCAGUUCCACCAGAAACCAGUCUUGCAAUGUCUUGCCAAAGCCAGUUGCUGAAGGCACUGCUCCAACUGAACCAGUUCAAGCUAGGGAGAUGUCUUCAAAUAUCUCAUGGCAAAUUGAGAAGGCUGUGCCGCCAUUAACAUCACAGCCCCAGGUUUCUACUAUGUCCAAAUCAAGUACUCAAAAGCCUGUAUCUCCAAAGAAGCCCACACCGACGCCAAUGGAAAAAUCCACAGCACAAACAUCAGCUAUGUCAAGGCCGUCAAGUGCUCCUCUGAUCCCUGGUCCCAGGCCAACUGCUCCUGUUGUUUCCAUGGUUCAAACAGCACAGUUGUUAUCACGGUCAGUGAGUGCAGCAGGACGGUUGGGCACUGAUCACUCACAAGCGACCCAGAGCUAUGUUCCUCAGUCCUACAGAAAUGCCAUAAUGGGUAAAACUGUAUCUGCAAGCCCAGCUGGUUUUGUUCCUCGCCACUCUUCAAGUUCAGCAGUAAAUUCAGUACCAGUUUUCUCCCAAUCUCCUCCUGCCUUUGUAUCCUCGCCAAUGCUUUCAGCUCAAAGCUCCACAAGGGUGGACCAGGGCUUGGUCAGGUCAGGCUUUACUUUCGGCAGCGUUACACCUGAAAUACUGCAGAAUCGACCACAGUGGUUGGAAGAGUGCUCACAAAGGGAUGCCAACAACAAACUCCGUGAUCCAUCUAUGCUUAAUGGAAUUCAAAACCUUAACUUAUAUGGUCCUGGCAGUAGUGGAUCCAGGACAUACUUUGCAGAUGAUUUGACAGCCAGCAUGUCAGCACGUCAGGCACAAGGGGUGUCGGCAGAUGAGUUUCCCCACCUUGAUAUCAUUAACUACCUGCUUGACGAGGAGCACAAUAUUGGAAAGGCAGCUAAGGCGAGUACAGUCUUCCAGAGUUCCACUAAUGGGCAUCAUCAUCCCCUCUUGAAUCGGCAAUUAACUUUUCCUUCCGAAAUGGGUUUAUCAACGGAUAUAGGAACAUCUUUCAAUUGUUGCAGGUUAGAUCGUCCAACAAGUUACCAUGAUGAUGGGGUGCGGCGGAUCUAUGGCUCCUCCAGUGGUCAUUUUGAUGGACUGAGGGAUGUAUCCCAAGUUGGUCUGUCCGUCUAUACAAAUGGUCAGAUUGAUGGUGUGAUUCAAAGUCAGUGGCCAGUGGGUGGUGCUGAUCUUUCUUUGCUUAGUGUAAGGAAUGCUGAGGGUGAUGGGUACUCGUUUCAACUGCCAGAGUACUCAAAUCUGGCUUGUGGGGUCAAUGGUUAUGCUGUAUUCCGGCCUUCUACUGGACAUUGAUAGGGGCCUAUGAUGUGACAAUGCACCUGCAAGCAAUUGCUCGACAUCUGUCACUAUUCACAAUAAUGUACGAGGAAAUUUGUGGGUCUCAGCUUUGGAGUGAAGUUGUAAUCCUUUGAUAAGAAACGCUUUGUAAAGAGUGGUUCUGCCUUCUUUGUUCCAGUUGGCCUUGAUUGUAUGUGUGUUAUCCAAUGUAGAACAGUGCUCGAUCUCUAGACCCCCUAGGAUUUACAGCGGGAAGGUUGAAUUCUAGCAACCAAUCCUGGCCCCGAUGUUAGGGGCUUUGCUGGAAUCUGCUUAGCCUAGUUAUUUAGCAACGAAGUCAUUAGUAUUCAUUUCUAA